UCUUCACAUCCUUACCUUUAAAAAAAAAAAAAAAUUCUUCUUUGAUCUCUCUUUCCAUUUCCUUUAAUAACAACAAUCAUUAGGGUUUUAGAAAUUUCUUCUCCUUUUGAAUCUCACGCUUAUGCUAUCUUUGCAAAUUCCUAGAUUCGCUGGUUUAUUUUAGGGUUUACAGAUCUAUUUAGCUCAUCAGCUUAAUCGUUGCUUCUUGUUACCAUGUUUUGGAGGCUCACAUCUCUGUCUGCUUCUUCUCCCGUGGAGUCGAUUUUAGACAAGGAAAACUUUACUUUGGAAGAGCUUCUUGACGAGGAAGAAAUAAUCCAAGAGUGCAAAGCUUUAAAUAGUCGACUCGUCAAUUUUCUACGAGAAAAAACCCAAGUUGAGCAGUUAUUGCAGUAUAUUGUCGAAGAACCUUCAGAAGAUGCUGACAGCAAACGGACCUUCAAGUUCCCAUUCAUUGCCUGCGAGAUCUUUACAUGUGAGAUUGAUGUUAUUCUGAAGGCUUUAAUCGAGGAUGAAGAGUUGAUGAACUUGCUUUUCUCCUUCUUGGAACCUAACCGUUCUCAUAGUGCUUUGCUAGCUGGUUAUUUUAGUAAGGUUGUUAUAUGCAUUAUGCUACGGAAGACUAUUCCGCUUAUGAACUACCUCCAAACACAUCAAGAUGUGUUGCGCCAACUGGUUGAUUUGAUAGGAAUCACAUCCAUCAUGGAGGUUUUGAUCCGGUUAGUAGGUGCUGAUGAUCAUGUUUAUCCAAAUUUUUUGGAUGUAAUGCAGUGGUUAGCUGAUAGCAGUUUGCUGGAAAUGAUUGUAGAUAAAUUGAAUCCAUUGUGUCCACCCGAGGUUCAUGGUAAUGCAGCAGAAACAUUAUGUGCAAUAACAAGGAAUGCCCCAUCACCUCUAGCCAAUAAGCUCUCUAGUCCAAGUUUCGUUGCAAGGAUAUUUGGUCAUGCAUUGGAAGAUUCACAUUCAAAAUAUGGCCUUGUACACCCUCUUUCAGUUUGUAUCUCAUUGUUGGAUCCAAAGAGAUCAGCCAUUGCUUCUCCCUUGAUGCAUUAUUUCCGAAAUCAACAUAUGUAUGAUCCCCCAAUCCCUGUAAAUCCAGAGACGAUCAGUGCAAUGCUCCCUAAGCUUGGUGACUUACUCAUGCUUUUGAAUGUUUCAUCUGAUGAGAAGAUUUUACCUACCACGUAUGGAGAAUUGAGGCCGCCUCUCGGGAAGUAUCGCCUAAAGAUUGUGGAGUUCAUUUCUGUCCUGUUGAGAACAGGAAAUGAAGCUGCAGAGAAAGAAUUGGUCAGCUCAGGAACCAUUCAACGAGUUCUUGAUCUUUUCUUUGAGUAUUCAUACAACAAUGCAUUACAUCAUCAUGUUGAGAAUAUAAUAUUAUCAUGUCUGGAGAGCAAGAAUGAUGCAGUACUUGAUCAUCUUUUCCACAAGUGUGAUUUAAUUGGGAGAUUUCUCCAAACUGACAAACAACCAAUUCUUUCUGGUGACAAUAAUCUGACAGCUUUACCAGCUGCUGGAAAACGUGCACCACGGGCAGGAAACAUUGGACACAUUACACGUAUUUCAAACAAACUUGUACAGUUGGGAAGCAGCAACAGCAGUAUUCGGGCAUAUCUGCAGGAAAAUAGUGAAUGGAAUGAGUGGCAAGCCAGUGUUCUACAAGAACGUAACGCAAUUGAAAAUGUUUAUCGAUGGGCUUGUGGUCGCCCAACAUCAUUGCAAGACAGAACAAGGGACAGUGACGAGGAUGAUCUUCAUGAUAGAGAUUAUGAUGUUGCAGCUUUAGCAAAUAACCUAAGCCAGGCUUUGAAAUAUAAAACCUAUGGCAAUGGCGAUAACUCAGACCAUGGUGAUCUUGAUCAAGAUGAUGAGGAUGUAUACUUUGAUGAUGAAUCUGCUGAGGUGGUCAUAUCAUCCUUGAGGCUUGGUGAUGAUCAGGGAAGUAGUCUUUUUACAAAUUCCAACUGGUUUGCAUUCCAAGACGAUGGAAACAUCAAUUCACCUCUGGGCACAUCCCCUUCAGAGGUGAUGCACUUGAAUGGCACUGCAAAUGGUGGUAACAGCAGUAGUGAUGAUGAGGUGGUAGUUGGAGAGGAGGAUGAGAUGAAUGAAAAUGGCACAUCUACUUCCAACCCAACAAAUGGGUUCAACAACAAUUCAGUGCUCGGCGGAGGAACAUCAGAAACCGAGAACAUGUUUGGAGCUAGGCCUAUACUUGAUUGGGUGGAAUGGGGAGAACCUUUGGAUUUGCAAGUAAGAGGUUCAAGCAAGAAUCCAUUUCUGGAUGAUGACAUUUCAGAGAUCAACCUACCGAGUCAUACUGAUACAGUGAUGAGUGAUGAAUGCUCCCCUUCAAAUGGGGAAUCCAUACUUCCAAACGGAACCCCGGACUCCAUGGAUUCAAGCGAGGGAUCAGUGAGCAGCGAGACAAGUCAGAAAUCUCCACCAGCGGUGCCAGCUUUGUUUGAAGAGGAUGUUGAAUUCGUAGGGGUGGAGUUAGAAGGUACAGAGAAAGCAAUGGAGCAAGCUCUAAAAGAAGGAAUAGUUGGGGAAGCCGGAGCAUUGAAGAGGAAGGUUAUUCCUAAGGUACCAGAAAACGAGAAAUCGGAUGAUGGGAUAGAGUUUAAUGAUGCGAACUUUUGGAGGGUGGAUCAGGAGGUCACUGUUCUGGAGUAAUGGAAGUUGGGUGACACAGUUUUGGUUGGCAUUACGGGCAAAGCAAACUCAUCGGGUGUACAGUAUAAUAUUGUUUCCUGGCAGGGGUUACGGUGAGCUUUGCCAUCUAAGCUUUUUACUGUUCAUUAUUAGUUAUUGUUUUCUUGCUCAUUAUUAUUGAUUUAAGGUAUGGAUGACUAUCAAAUUACAAUAUCCGACAAUCUGUUUUAGUAGUCAAAAGAUUCAAAAAUAUUUUUAUAAUUAUUAUUAUUAUUAU